AUGGCUACCGAGAGAAGAAAAAUGAAGAAAAAGUCUGUUUUAAAGGAUGAGUUGGAAAAACCGACAAAAGAGGAGUACUCGGUGGCCAGGUGUUUGAGGUUUCAGGGGCCAUCCAAGGAGGGGAAAUUCAAUGGGAACUUUUGCCCCUAUUUUGUAGGGUCAAAGGUCGUGGAUUUCUUGCUCUCUGAAUCGCAGUGGGGCACAAAAUGUGCCAACAAAACCAGCCAACUCUACACAUCUAGAUCUUCGUGUGUAACUUAUUGUGCUAGAUUACUUGAGAAAGGUUUUUUUCAUCGGGUUGAGAAGAUUGAUCGAAGGGAGAGACUAAUGGCCACAGCAGCAACGUCAUCGACACAAUCAUCCAAAAAGUCGUCUGCCGGGGACAAACUACAGUCGAAGGAUGGCACACCUGGUCUGACAAAAAGAAACAAAGGCAAGAAAGAUAGAGAUGCAACUGAACAACAGCCACAGCAGCUGCCAGAUGAACAGACGGAAAAAAAGAACGACGAUGACGUCACUAAAGCUGCUGCUGCUGCAGCUUGUAAAACGGCUGCUUCUGACGCUACAACAGCAACUUCAACGGCCGCCAAAGAGGAUGGUGUCAAUGAGGAGAAGAAGAAGAGGAGGAAGCCGGCUAAGUUGAGAAUGCACGAUAACCAAACGUUCAUUGACUCCCCUGAUGCUGUUUGCUGA